AUGGUGGAACAGAUGUGGAGGAGCACAAGUGGAGGACGUGUCACAGGGCUGUCGGACGAGCUGUUUGGGGGUCAUUCUACGAUACAGUCGGGUUCAUCCACAAUAUCGACUUCAAUGUUGAGGAUUCUUCACGAGCCACGAGAUCGUCUGCAGUGUGACGCCUGGCAUGCGAAGCUCAGUUGCCAGCGAGUGUAUUGCUCACCAAAAGUUGCCAACGAGUGUAUUAAACCACCUAGAGAUGCCACUGAGGAUAUCACACUGUGCAUCUACAGUAGAGUCACUAGUGAGAGUAUUGUGUCACACAGGUGUCAGACAUCACCUGCCCACCUGACCAGGACUACAGAUACUCCUACUACUGGUACCAGGACUACUAACACUCCUACUACUGCUAACAGGACUAGUGAUACUUCUACUACUGCUACCAGAACUACUCCUACUCCUACUACUGCUAAUAGGACUAGUGCUACUCCUACACCUGCUACCAGGACGAUUGCUACUCCUACCAGGACUACUACUAUUGGUACCAGGACUAUUGCUACUCCUACUACUGCUACCAGGACUUCUUCUACUCCUACUACUGCUACCAGAACUAUUGAUUUUCCUACUACUGUUGCUACCAGGACUAUUUCUACUCAUACCAUGACUAUUGCUACUCCUAUUACUGCUAUCAGGACUAUUGCUACUCCUAUUACUGCUAUCAGGACUAUUGCUACUCAACUACUUCUCCUUCUGUCCCUCGUCCUCCAGCCUCUGUCACCCACGCCCAGUUUUCACGCCCGGCUUGACUGUCGCACCAACACUCAAAGUCACAUCCUCAAUUUGGGAGUCCCCUCAAGACCUUCCCUCCAGACUCUGCUAGAGACAUUGUCUUACGACCUCUUGCUCAAGAACUUUUCGUCAAAACCUCUCACUCAAGACUUCACUCAAGACUCCACCCUCGACACGUCCUCCUUGACACCUAACCCUCACGAUCUUCCGCCCAAGACCUCUAUCCUCAAGAUCUUCCGCUCAAGCGUUCCCUCAGCCACUACAGUAAGUGUGAAGGACGUGAAGAAGUUCCACGACCAGGAUAUGAUGACCAGCUCUUACGCCUGGGGUAGCUGA